AUGGCUGAACAGAGGCAGCCCUUCCGCUUCCGGCUCCCUUGGUUGGUGACCCAAGCACAAGCACCAGCACGAGCACCACCAGUACCAACACGAGCACCAGCACCUGCCCCUGCCCCUGCCCCUCCCCCUCCCCCUCCCCCUCCCCCUCCAAGACCCCCAAAUCAGCAGACCACUGCAAUAAAAAUUCAGCUACCACCUCCUGGAACAGCCUCUGAACGGCGCCCUCCUUCCCCUCCCGAACCCCAAGCCCAACCAAAGACUGUUUCUCAGCCCCCCUCACCAUCUACCAUUGCUCCAUCACGAUUACCUGCACAGCCUCCAUCACCAUCUCGUAAUGUCCCACAACCAUCACCUCGAUCACAAACAGUAUCUCAGCUUCCCUCACCAUCUACUAUUGCUCCAUCACAAUUACCAUCACAGCCUCCAUCACCAUCUCGUAAUGUCCCACCACCAUCACCUCGAUCACAAAAAGCAUCUCAGCUUCCCUCACCAUCUAUCUUUCCACCAUCACCCCGAUCACAAAAAGCAUCUCAGCUUCCCUCACCGUCUAUCUUUGCUCCAUCACGAUUACCUUCACAGCCUUCAUCACCAUCUCAUAAGAUUCCACCAUCACCUCGAUCCCAAACAGCAUCUCAGACCUCCUCACCAUCCCGCACACUUCAACCCCAACCAGUUACCCAGAAAGCCUCAUCCCCCCCAUCACCAUCUCAUACAGCCUCUCAAACAGCCACCAAGCCUCCAUCUCCAUCCCGUGUUGCUUCCCAACAAACACUUGGAACAACCCCAAAACCUCCAUCUCCAUCUCGUACAUCCCUCAUGGAGCAGCUAAAGGCUCGAGCUGCCUCCCAGCCCCCAUCACCAAUGCAGCGAGCUCCCCCAUCACUACCACCAACUCAAGCAAGCUCCUCCCCUCCAUCUCUUACAGCCCCUAUGGAGCAGCCAAAGGCUCGAGCUGCCUCACAGCCCUCAUCACCAACGCAGCAAGCCCCACCAUCACUACCACCAACUCAAGCAAGCUCCUCCCCUCCAUCUCGUACAGCCCCUAUGGAGCAGCCAAAGGCUCGAGCUGCCUCCCAGCCCCCAUCACCAACGCAGCAAGCCCCACCAUCACUACCAACAACUCAAGCAAGCUCCCCUCCUCCGUCACCAUUUCAGAAAGCCCCUCAACCCCCAUCACCAUUAAUGUUACCUCCUGCCCAAGAUGAACCUGCAUUGCCCCAGCCACCAUCCCAAAAACCUGUGUCUUUGGUAGAAGCCUCAUCUACAUCCCUCUCCCCCUCCCAAAAUCAAAACCUGAUAAAAGCUACCAAAGAGCCAGAUGAGGCUGCAAAAUACCCACCCCAAGCAUCAAGCCAAGCUGUGGCAGGUAUGGAUUCCAGGGAAGUUCGAGAGACAACUUUUGGGCAACAGACAUCUCCAAAGGCAGAAGAAAUUAAAGCAGAGCAGAAAACAAGCAAAGAACCAAAGAGAGAGGAGAAGCCCAACCCCCCAGCUGACGAGGAACCAAAGCAAAAGACAAUCACUGAACUCAUCAGCAUGGAUUCAGGAUUAAGCAUGGAAACAAAAGGACAGCCAAGUACCAAACCUCAAUUAGGACAAAAGCAGCUGGAGAAGCAAGCAGCCCCACAUGGAAAGGAAAUCACAGAAACAGCAGCAAAAGAACAAGAGAGCAAAGUGGUUAUCGCACACCCAAAAGAAAAGAGAAUGGGCAGGGAAUCUCACCCAAAAUCUUCAACAUUUCUUAGUGAACAAGGCUCCCUGCACAGAGAGAUCAGGGAAGACAUUUCAAAGUUCUUCCACAAACUGGCCAUGGGAGAUCCAAAACAGUCCACAGAUGAAAAACCAGCAACUGUUAUAACCCUGUCAGGUGAAAAUAGAGGAGCAACCAUGCAAAUGGGUUCUGAGUCAGCAAAACGAGAAGGUAGCUCCAAGAGGAGGAUGGAGGAUCCAAAGACACAGGAGGACACUGCAACCUUGGCAUUCCUUAAUAGCAAUGUGCAGAGUAUCAACAAUUCAAUGAUUUUAAACAGUUCCUUUAGCGAAAGGAAUCCUGGAGUUCAUCUUGUUCUUUCUCACUAUCCAAAAGAACCAAUCAACAUGAAAGAGGAGACAGAGAGUAUUGAGGUAAGCAAAGCAGAGUUCAACAUAACCCCAGCUCAGAAGCUCACUUAUGAACCCAGAAGCCUUUUUGUUGAAUCCAGUGGCACUGACCAAAACAACACUCAGAAGCCUCGCCGUCACGGUUGCAACUGCAACUGUGAGAAGGAAAAGGACAAUGACAAGCAAACUGGAGAUUCUUUGACUAAGUAGGGUGUGAAUGUGUGAUUACCUAAUCAUACAGCUUAUAUUGAUAAAUUGCAACCUGCAAUACAGAAAGUAGAAAUGAUAAUAAUCAUAAUAAGAAGGGUGCUAACAUCCUUCCCCUCUAGCAUGUAUUGUCUUUUUUCCAGCUGCUGUAGCUGGUGCGGGCAUGAAAAUUAUAAUGGUAGUGUGUAGUGAAAGUACUAUCUGAACAUUUAGAUCUAUUACAACAAGGUAUACAAUGGUAUCACAAACAAGACAGCUUAGUGCAAUUAAA